AUGACAGUUGGCAAAAGAAAGCUUUCCAACGGCACUGUGAAUGAGGCAAAGCGGCUCGACGACCAUGUUCCUGUAGUGGCUCCGAGCACAAAUCCUGAUUUUGAAAACGCAAACGGCGAAGAUAACGAAGACAUAGAUGACUACUCCUCUGAAGGUGAAAUGAGUCCACAACUCGAAAAUUACUUUCCACAGACCACAUCGUGGCAGAAAACGAUCACAAAGGUGGUCAAGUCUGUCGUGUCCAUUCAGUUCUCCCAUGUCAGCAAUUUUGACACAGAAUCCUCCGCUGUAAGUGAAGCUACUGGUUUCGUUGUAGACUCCGAGCGUGGAUAUAUUCUCACCAAUCGUCAUGUGGUGGGUCCAGGUCCCUUUUGCGGAUACGUGGUGUUUGAUAACCACGAGGAAGCGGUAGUUCGUCCCAUAUACCGUGAUCCUAUUCAUGAUUUCGGGUUUCUUCAAUUCGAUCCAAAGGAUAUAAGAUACAUGAAAAUUGAGCAGCUUGAUCUCCGCCCUGAUUUGGCUCAGGUUGGUACUGAAAUCAGAGUAGUUGGUAACGAUGCCGGAGAAAAAUUGUCUAUUCUUGCUGGGUUCAUCUCAAGACUUGAUAGAAAUGCUCCAGACUACGGCACACUCUCUUACAACGAUUUCAACACAGAAUACAUUCAAGCAGCUGCCAGUGCUUCUGGUGGUUCUUCGGGAUCACCAGUUGUCAAUAAAGAAGGAUAUGCCGUUGCAUUGCAGGCUGGAGGCUCAACCGAAGCAUCGACCGAUUUCUUUCUUCCCGUUUACAGACCACUUCGAGCUUUGCAGUGUAUACAACAGGGCCAAACCAUCACCAGAGGUGAUAUUCAAGUGGAAUGGCAACUCAAGCCUUUUGACGAGUGCAGACGUCUAGGAUUAACUCCCGAGGCAGAAGCAGCUGCUCGUAGCCAAUUUCCUGACAAAAUUGGUCUUUUGGUAGCUGAGCUAGUUCUUCCUGAAGGUCCAGCUGAUGGUAAGCUAAAGGAGGGAGAUACUCUCAUCUCCAUCAACGGUACUCCCAUUGCAUCUUUUAUCAGCGUUGAUGAAAUUCUCGAUGAACAGGUGGGACAGAGUCUCAAAUUUGUCAUACAGAGAAACGGCCACGAAGUAUCGUUUGAUAUAGUGGUGGGUGAUCUUCACAGCAUCACGCCUAGCCGGUAUGUGGAUAUUGCUGGAGCUUCAUUUAACGAUUUAUCGUAUCAAGUUGCUCGUUGUUUCUGUAUUCCAGUAAGAGGUGUUUUCAUCAACGAUGGUCUGGGGUCGUUUGAAUUGUCUCCAUUCGAGAAAAAUGGUUGGCUUCUUGAGUACGUUGACGACAAACCAACACCGAACUUAGAUGCAUUUGUUGAGGUUAUGAAGUCUAUUCCUGAUCGCAAAAAAGUGAGCAUUUCCUACAGGCAUGUGUCUGAUUUCCACACUGAAAAUAUCACAGUUAUCUACGUCGAAAGACACUGGCAGUCCACCUUCCGUAUGGCUGUUCGUAACGAUUCCACCGGCAUUUGGGACUUUACUGAUAUUCAAGACAAACCAUUGCCAGCAGAAGAACCAGUUCCUCAAAACGCAAAGUACAUUGAUAUUCCUUUUGAUGAUCCCGAGAAAUCAGGGUGCUCACAAUUGACCCGCUCAUUUGUUCAAGUACGUACCAUCGCUCCUGUUCCAGUGGAUUCCUAUCCUUACCGCAGAGAAAUUGGGUACGGGGUCGUUGUUGAUGCAGCUAACGGAUACGUACUUGUUUCCAGAAGAUUUGUUCCUCAUGACAUGUGUGACAUUUUCGUUAUAUUUGCUGAAUCUGUCGAGCUUCCUGGUAAGGUUGUGUUUCUUCAUCCUAACCAAAAUUAUGCCAUCGUCAAGUAUGAUCCUAAACUCAUGCUUGCGGAUGUGAAAACUCCCAAGUUUAGUGAUAAGCCAUUGAAAAGAGGAGAGAGAGCGUUCUUCGUUGGCUAUAACUACAACUUGCGGGUUGUCACUGACGAUGUCAAAGUCAGUUCUGUGAGUUCUAUCAAUGUUCCUGUGGCAAGUUUGUCGCCUCGUUAUCGUGGUACGAAUUUGGAGUGUAUUCUUUUAGACUCCAAGUUGAGUCAGGAAUGUGACUCUGGAGUUUUGGCCGAUUAUGAUGGAACUUUAAGAGCUUUCUGGAUCACUUAUCUAGGUGAAACUAACUGCGAUCAGACCAAUGAUCGAGUUUAUCGCAUGGGUUUAGAUGUCACCGAUGUGAUGAGCGUCAUAAAAAGCUUGCACGAAAAUAAGGUUCCGGCUGGUUUACGUAUUCUUGAUGCUGAGUUUGCCUCGAUGACAAUUUUCCAGGGAAGAUUGAGAGGAGUUCCUCAAGAAUGGAUAUCCAAGUUUGAGGAAGUAUGUGAAGACGAAAUGAAGUUUUUGGCAGUGGAUCGUGUGAGUGCACCAGCACUUGGCCAAGUGGCUACUCCUCUCAAGACGGGUGAUAUUGUCAUGUCGGUGAAUGGCUCCAUUGUGAAGACAAUGAGAGACUUGGGUAUCAUGUACAACCAAGAUUCACUUGACUUUGUGGUUAUUCGCCAGAAAAAAGAGUUGCAUUUGAACGUGCCCACCAUAGAUACCAGCACUUUGAAUACCAGCCACGUUGUGUUCUGGUGUGGUUCUAUCCUCCAGGCUCCUCAUCAUGGAGUUCGUCAACUCAUUGAAAAAAUACCUUCGGAAAUUUAUGUCACAAAGAAGAACUCGGGAGGGCCCGCUAAUCAAUAUGGCAUUGCCACAAACAGCUUUAUUACCCAUGUGAACGACACCGAAACCAAAACCCUUGAAUCAUUUGUUCUGGUGGUUAAAGGGAUUCCUGAUAAUACCUACAUCAAAUUACGAUUAGUUUCGUUUGACAGCAUUCCGGUUGCCAUCUCCGUCAAGACCAACUAUCACUACUUUCCCACGUUCGAACUCAAGAAAGUGAACGGCGAGUGGGAGGAAACAGAACAUAAAGUAUAG